UGUGUCCGUAACCUUGUGUGCAAUAUACAAGAACAGAAUCUUAGCAUUGGAGAGACAUUUAGCAAGGCGCUGUUCAUUGUUUGAACUACCGUUAGUAAGAUAGAUAACCAGCUCGUAGCUGUUGUCUGCUGCCAUGUCUCUCGCUGCCGAGGCGUUCGUUUCACAGAUAGCAGCCUCAGAGCCAUGGCCUGAAACUGCAACACUGUAUCAGCCUCUGAAGGAAGGUCAAAUACUCCUGUCAGAUUGUGCCUCCUCGCUUGCUGUCCAGGCGUAUCUGCGGAUGUGCAACCUGCCCGUCCGAGUGUCCUGCCGGGCCAACGCCGAGUACAUGUCCCCAUCUGGUAAAGUACCUUUCAUCCACGUCGGAAAUCAAGUUGUAUCGGAGCUGGGACCGAUAGUGCAGUUCACCAAGGCUAAGGGCCACUCCCUCAGUGACGGCUUGGACGAGGUUCAGAGGGCUGAGAUGAAGGCCUACAUGGAGCUGGUGAACAACAUGCUGCUGACGGCGGAGCUGUACAUCCAGUGGUGUGAUGAGAGCACGGCAGCAGAGGUCUCGAGGCCGAGGUACAGCAGCCCUUAUUCCUGGCCCCUGAACCACAUCCUGGCCUAUCAGAAACAGUGGGAAGUCAGACGUAAGAUGAACGCUAUUGGCUGGGCAGGGAAAACCCUGGAACAGGUCUAUGAAGAUGUGAAUCAGUGCUGUCAGGCUCUUUCCCAGAGGCUGGGAACACAGGCCUACUUCUUCAAUAAGCACCCUACUGAGCUGGAUGCCCUGGUCUUCGGUCACCUGUUCACCAUCCUGACCACCCAGCUGACCAGCGACGAGCUGAGCGAUAAGAUCAAGAACUACAGCAACCUGCUGGCCUUCUGCCGGCGGAUAGAGCAGACCUACUUUGAAGACGAAGGCAAGGAGGACCUGGCCAGCUCUUCAUCCCGAGCCUCCAAAGGCCCCUAGCUGCACUGACCCUCACUGCUUCUAUCUGUGCAGUCCCACAUUCCCUUCCCCCAAGCCUGCUGUGCCGGAAUCUUCCGUUAUACUGUGGAAGUGUGUAAUGGUGGUAAUGCUGUUGUCUGUUGUUUAAAAAAAGUGUGUUCUUGUCUGUGGGUUAGGUUUUAAAUGGAAAGUGCCAAGAAAGACUGAAAAUAAAAAAAAUUCACAUUUGUUAACGUCUGUUAUUAAUACAUGAUUAUGUUCACAUGUUAAGGAAUGGGGCUCAUAACUGAAAGGUUGC